AUGUGCACGCACUUUGACCAUAUUGGCACCGUUGCCCGGAACGAGAGCGCAAAGUUGAUCAAGAUUGCUGAUGAGUGGAAGGAUCAAGGCUUCAACUCGACGAAGCCCGCACCUGUGUUGCUGGGCGGCGACUUGAACAUUGAGCCUACCAAGGAGGGAUACAAGACUCUGACUGCCCCAGGUGGAUUCAAGGACAUUAAAAACCUCGUUCCCAAGGCACACUGGUACGGCAACACAAUGACGUCCACAGGCUUUACAUCGUCGACCUCGGAUGAUAAACGGAUCGACUACCUGUUCGUGCGCGAUCCUCUUGACAUCCAGUUCUUGACGUAUGGAGUCAUAACCAACAAAUUCGAGGAUGAGGUGUACAUUUCGGAUCAUAUGCCAUUGGUGGUAGAUGCAAAACUGCUAUAA